CGGUUUGCCAUGGUCAGACGUUGCCCGGCAUGAGUAGACAUGACCGCGAUACACCACAGUUUGCCUUGACCUUCUCUUGACCUGACACGUGGCCUAUUUCAACUUUGCUCAAAUCGUGGUUUGUGCCACUUCCACUCUCAGCUGAAGGGUGAAACGACCGAGAGCUUAUCGGUGCAUGACAUUUGACUUCAUCACGGGAAGGAGAUCCGAAUGUUAGACGUCAGGGGAUUACACAUCCCAUGAAUAUUUAGUCACUCAGCCGCUCAUCUUUCUCAACCUUAGACAGCCAAAUUGCAUAUUACGGGCAGACUAUCUUUCACCCUCAUCUCACCCUAUCUCCUGCGAACAAUGUCUUUCGGAAAGGUUGUUCAGCUGAACACAGGUGCAGCCAUGCCCCAGAUCGGUCUCGGCACCUGGCUUUCUAAACCAAAUGAAGUCGAAAGUGCUGUCGAGAUCGCUGUCCACAAUGGUUACCGUCACCUUGACCUUGCUAGGAUCUACCGGAACCAGGACGAGGUCGGACGUGCGCUGAAGAAAGUCAUACCAUCCGUCGUUACCCGCGAGCAGCUCUUCAUUACCUCGAAACUCUGGAACUGCUCGCACCAGCAAGGACCAGCCGAGGCAGAGCUUGACGAGACGCUGCAGCAGCUUGGACUUGACUAUCUCGACCUCUAUCUUAUACACUGGCCUGUUGCAUUCGAGCCUGGAAACGGUCUUAACCCAUUACAUCCGACCAAGGAAGGAGAGAUACAUUUGGACCUCAAGACGUCCCUUGUCGAUACCUGGAAGACGAUGAUCAAGUUGAAGGAAAGUGGCAAGGUCAAAGCUAUUGGCGUCUCCAACUUCACGAUCGAGCACAUCCAAGGCUUGAUUGAUGCUACUGGUGUCGUUCCUGCUGUUAACCAGAUCGAGGCUCACCCUUUGUUACCUCAAGAUGACCUCGUUGCAUACUGCAAGCAGGUGGGCGUCCACAUAACCGCCUACAGUCCGCUAGGCAACAACCUCGUUGGCAAGCCUAUGCAUACCGAAAAUGCUGCAGUGAAGGAAGUUGCUGAGAAACUCGGUGCAACCCCUGCUCAGGUUCUCAUUGCAUGGGGCGUUUACCGGGGCUACUCUGUCAUCCCAAAGUCUGUGCAAGAGGGCCGCAUCAUCUCGAACUUCAAGCAGGUUGAACUCAGCAAGGAAGACUACGAAAAGGUUACAGCGAUUGCAGGGGGCAAAGUCGGGCGUUUCAAUAUUCCCAUCUGCUUUAAACCCAAGUGGGAUAUCAACCUCUUUGAUGAGGAACCUGAAAAGGUUGCUACCUACAAGGCCAAGAUUGCAUAGGCGUUCGACAAAUCUCGGGGAGGGAGGAAAGAAGUCAGUAUAUAUGUUACCAAGCAUGUUCACUCAACCAAUUUUAUGAAUAUCAUAAUACACGGGGAAAAUGAGUUGUGAUGCACGAGCCCAACACACUCAGGCUCGUCGAGAAACUAAAGCUUCAACUUGAAGUUGGCGGAAUGUAGAAAGCUUAUGUAAAGUAAAGUUACGUUCCAUAUUCGGAAUUCUUAUUUUACCUCUUGCCUGACACUUCAA